GUAUCAUUUCGGGACCGGGUGACGUGUUCCUGUGGUCAAUCACGUGACCCCCCCCCCCCCCUUGCCACGGACCAAUCGGGUGGCGCGGCGUCCUGGGCAGAGCAAAGAAAGGAAGAGGGUGGAGGGGUGGAAUCAUUUUUUCCUUUUUACGAUUUUUAAUCCGGCAACUCCAACGGUGGUCGUUGACAUCAUCCCGCGCUCCAUAAAAAGGUGACUGUCUGCAGCGUCACUCUCACCCUCACGCUGGCCCUCGGACUCCUCUCUGACGUGACCACGGCCCUUCCUCUCGCAGCCGACAUGGAGCCCAUCAAGGUCCAAUCAGAAGGUGGACUGAAUGUGACCCUCACCAUCAGGCUGCUGAUGCACGGCAAGGAGGUCGGGAGCAUCAUAGGAAAGAAAGGGGAGACGGUAAAGAAAAUGCGUGAAGACAGUGGCGCCCGUAUCAACAUCUCAGAGGGCAACUGCCCCGAACGGAUAGUCACCAUCACGGGGCCGACGGAUGCCAUCUUCAAGGCCUUCGCCAUGAUAGCCUACAAGUUUGAGGAGGAUAUCAUCAACUCUAUGAGCAACAGUCCUGCCACCAGCAAACCCCCCGUGACCCUGAGGCUUGUGGUCCCGGCCAGCCAGUGCGGCUCGCUCAUUGGCAAAGGGGGCUCCAAAAUCAAAGAGAUGAGAGAGUCCACAGGGGCUCAGGUCCAGGUGGCAGGCGACAUGCUCCCCAACUCCACUGAGAGGGCCGUGACCAUCUCUGGGGCACCUGAGGCCAUCAUCCAGUGUGUCAAACAAAUAUGUGUGGUGAUGCUGGAGUCCCCACCGAAAGGUGCCACCAUCCCCUACCGCCCAAAGCCUGCCUCCACCCCUGUCAUUUUUUCAGGUGGCCAGGUAAGAGCAGACCCACUGGGGGCGUCCACAGCCAACCUCAGCCUCUUACUGCAGCACCAGCCACUGCCUGCUUACACCAUCCAAGGACAGUAUGCCAUCCCACAUCCAGACCAGUUGAGCAAGCUCCACCAGUUGGCUAUGCAGCAAACCCCCUUUACCCCCCUCGGACAGACCACCCCUGCCUUCCCCGCAGCAGGUCUGGAUGCCAGUAACCAGGCCAGUACUCAUGAACUCACCAUUCCCAAUGAUCUAAUAGGCUGCAUAAUUGGACGCCAGGGAACCAAAAUCAACGAGAUCCGUCAGAUGUCUGGGGCACAGAUCAAAAUUGCUAACGCCAUGGAAGGGUCAUCGGAACGCCAGAUCACCAUCACAGGGACCCCCGCCAACAUUAGCCUGGCCCAGUACCUCAUCAAUGCAAGGUUCCGAGACGUGGCGGCCAUGUGGAACGACCCAUCCUCCAUGACCACAUCCUGAGGUCCCUGUCUGGCUCUUCCAUCUGACCCUUCCCAACGACUGACGACGCCCUCCAGACUCUGGCUCUGGCUCUCCGAAAACCCUGCGCACCGGCCGCCCUGGUCUUCCACACACCAGCGAGGGCCGAGAGCUGGCUUUGAUUUCAGAGAGCCACUUAAAUUAAGAUUUUAGCUAAAAAAAAAAAAAAAGAAAAAAGAAAAGAAAAAAAGAGAGAGAACUCUCUGUUGAUUAGGUUUUUUUUUUUUGUUUUAGAGAACUGUUGAAGCAUGUUGAAUGUUUAUUAGCAAAAACUUGUGUUACUUUUUGUCUUUCUUUCAAUCUGUUUCUCUCUCUCUGGGCUGCGUCAUAGAACAUUUCACGAGCAUAAUAGGUAAACGAGCAAAAAUCGGGCAGAACAUAGUUGUGUGCAUCGAUUACAACUCAACGAUGCUAUCGGCAGAGUGUGGUGGGAUGUAGCCACAUUUUUACAAUAUCUUAGAGAAAGGAAGAUUUUAGUAAAAAUGACCUUUUCCGCCUCUGACCCAAUUUGCAUCUUUGUCGAGUUACAUCUCAUAACCCCUUUUAGCCAACGAUAUUACUCCUAGAGCCUCUCAUUUCGUGCUUAUCUCCGAUAUUUACAUUAUUACUUAUAUUGCAUGUGUUAAGUGUCGUAUCGUUGUGUAUUUGAGCAGAACCUGUUCAGUGGACCUUGAAAUGUUAUUAUAGCUUUGUGCUCCUGCUUUUCUCCGCUAAUGUUUUCAGCAUUAUUUUUCUGGCCGCUCAUGUGCAGCCCCACACCCUGCCCAGACCUAUAGCCUCCUUCUAUGACUAGUAUACAUGCAUGAAUGGAAUUAGAGACAUCUCAGUGGCUAAAAUAGCGCUGACAGGAAAAAUUUAAAAUGAUUGUUUAUGAUCAUACUGUAUUUGUUUUGUACAAGGACUUUGAUGACAAGUUGUCAACUACGCGGCGCUCAUGCAAUAGAAGAUUCAACACUUUACUCCGGACUGCCUCUGACGUGCGAGGGAUUAGUUGGUCUUGGGUUUCGUCCAAAACCUUUGUAGCUCUUUUCUCUGAUGGAAAAGAAAGGAAGAUCUUAAGAGCAAAUGAAGGGAAAGAAGCCGAAUUUUCCCACCAAAAGAGGUUGGACCGAGCCAAAUGGUAUUUGGGGGCCAAGGAAUGUUCAGGGGUUCAUCGGGUAGGAACCCAGGGGGGCCUGGGCGGGGACCACUCGGUCUCUUUUUCACGAUUGUUUAUUUCUUUCAUUGUUCAGUCGAGGCUUUAAGUUUGAAUGUCUUUUUAUGGUCACAGCUGUGUCAGCAACUUCGUUGGUUAUUAUUUUUCGGAACAACGACCUGCUUCGUUGGUUGUUUUUGGUUCUCCGUCAGUCAACUUCACCUAACCUAGCACUGAUGCGGGAUGGAGGCAAGGAUGAUAUUUGGUCAAACUCUACUAUAGUUCUGUGUUGAUGUACACAAACAGCUGUUGAAUGUUACUGUCCAAGUCACGUGAUCUACCAUCCAACACGGCAACCGUCGCUACUUUUAUUCUACAGCCUUCAACUCAAACGCGGACGCGUUGCAAGCGGUCAUUCUGCAAUAAUUCUUACAGUUUGAUGUGACAGUCGAGCUGAGCAGUGAAACGAUAGCUUUGUGUUUCGAAUAUUUGGGUUGACUAGAAUGUCCAACGCUGUCAUUCGUAUAGUUUCGGAAAUAUGCACAGAAGAGCAGAGGCCUCGUCGGCGGUCUGUCUGCAUUCGGGUCAAUUCUUUCUCGAUGUAUAAUUGAUGGCAAAGCAGGAAUAUUCCGUUCAAGUGGUUGCAGUGUGAUUUCAAUAACAUUGAUAUUCAUGUAUAAUUAUGUGUUUGAAAACUGUAUUUAUUUACAUUUGUGUAUACGACUCUGAAGAAAACUGCAAAUAAUGCAAUAAUAGGGUGAAAUGUGCAAUUAUUUAUUCUUUUGUUUUUGGCUUAGUCAGAAGAGCUUUGUAGUUUACAGAAUAAAAAAACAUAACAAUUACCAUUUUACAUUUGCGGCAGGUUUUGUUUUUCAGCAUUCGUUUGUGUGUAUUGCUUUUUUUGGGGGGGGUGGGGGAAGUCAUUGAUUGAUUUGAUUUAUUUGCUCUGUGCAGAUCUAUAUUAGUUGUGAGUAACUACAUAUGUUUCAUUUCAAAGUCUUGGUAAGUAUAACAACAAAUAAAGUUUCAGUUUUUCUUUCUGUGA